GUUCGUGUCGACUACCGAGUAAUGGCGCCCGAAAAUUCCCUUAAAUUCUUCGCACUAAAUGAUCGCCGGUUCAAAUAUUGGCGUCUAGUGGCGUUUAUGUAUUUAAAGAUGGGCAUUCUAUAAAUAUGAGACACAUGUGUGACACACAUUUAGUCGUCCUCCCUUACCAAGAUCACAUUCUCAUUCGGAUCAUGGCCAUCCACACUCUCCUCUUCGUAUCACUUCUCAUAUUCUCACUCAUCGAGUCGAGUAGUGGAGGAAAGAAAGAUAGACUCUUCACCGAUCUCCAAAACUCAAUUGAGGUCACCGCUAAACCCGUUAAAGAUAGCGGAGUUUUAGAGGCUGGAAAAGAUAUGGUGACAAUUACAUGGAAGCUAAAGUCGUCGUCAGCCAAGGUCGACACGGAUACUGCCUUCAAGACAAUCCAAGUCAAGCUUUGUUAUGCACCGAUCAGCCAAGUUGAUAGACCGUGGCGUAAGACUGAUAACAAGCUCUUCAAGGACAGAAGUUGCCCUCAUGAGAUUGUGUCCAAGGCAUACGACAAGACCCCCCAAUCACUCGAUUGGACAAUCGGACUUGAUAUCCCCACUGGAACCUACUUCGUACGUGCCUAUGGAAUCGAUGGAGAUGGCCACGAAGUUGCAUACGGACAGAGCACGGAUGAGGGAAGGACGACAAAUCUCUUCAGUGUUCAUGCCAUAAGUGGUCAUCACGUGGGGCUAGACAUAGCAUCCACAUUUUUCAGCGUCUUCUCCGUUGUUUCUCUGUUUGUCUUCUUUGUCAUGGAGAAGAGGAAGGCCAAGUUAGAGCAAAGGGAGUGAGUUGGAUUAACUAUGAGGUCUUUUGUUAAGUCGAAUAAAAAAGCGUUUACGUCAUAAUUGUUCGUGUUUGUCGUUGUGAAGAAAAUAUAUCCUUUCACUUUCCCAAAAUCAAUGUUAAAAUGCAAUAAUCCUCCAUAUACAUCUCAUAUAAACUAAAUCUUACUUAUAGAAAACCUUUUCACAUAAACAAAAAGUGAAAAGAUAUGAUAUUCAAAACAGUACUAAGUUCUCCUACGUUUUGUCACACUUUAAUAUUUACAUAUAUCUAGAUAAAUAAAAUUUUAUCAUCUUUUGAACAAUAACUAAAAAAUGUAUUUCAAUUUAUCGUAAAUUUUCUCAUCUUGGAGAGAUUCCACUGAUUUGUGGUCAUCUGAUCUCUCAGUCACAAGUCUUUUAUUGACUGAAAGUUUGACCUUACUUAAUCUUUGUAGAACCAAGCCGUAUACUCACAGAGUCUGCUUAAAACUAUUUCAAAUUUCACUAAACAAAUACAAAUACUAAUAGCUAAGUGAUUUGCCUAAUCUAAAGAAAAUAAUAAAAUCAAACAUAUAACCAUCAUUUUUUUUUCGAGCUUAGUCUUCAACACCAUAUCUCCUAUUUA